AUGAUGGUUGCAAAGUUUUUUUGUAUACUUAUUUCAGCUUUUCAAGUGAAAGGCUUCUGCUCCGCUAGAAAAUGUAAAAAGAUCUCUUUUAAUGAGCAACAAGACGCCUAUCAUGACAAAGAGCUUGUCGGCCAUGUCUUUCACAAUUCUGUGAGUUCAAACUCACAGCAGUGCUAUCUGAAGUGUAUCAACGACUGUCGAUGUCUGUCGAUAAACUACAAGGUCAAGAACGACAUCAAAUACUGCGAGUUGAACGAAGGCAGCCAUUUUACAAACAAGGACUCUCUGAAAAACAUCCACGGAAGCGUUUACUACGUACUGCGGAGAGAAUACUCCACUAAAGUUCCUACCAACAUUGUUCCUUGUGCUGAUGACUUCACGUGUACCAAUGGCUGCUGUAAGAACAAUCCUUGUCUUAAUAGAGGAACCUGUACUGAGAUCUGUCAACCCACAAGUGUUCGGUACAAUUGUUCCUGUCCUGUACCGUUUUUUGGAAAACACUGCGAGAUUCAGCAGAAAAGAAGCUGUCAAGAUUUCAAAGCAGCCGGGUCCACCGCCUCUGGAUUGUAUACAGUUAACAAUGACAAUAAUCAAACCUUCCAGGUGUUCUGUGAUUUGGAUUCAGAGCCUGGGUUCGCUUGGAACCUGAUUGAGUCGUUUAGCUUAUCCAACAAACAUCGUUUUCAGGUAUUUGCUUUCUCUUUAAAUCCUCUACAAAACAUCGUGUUUUACGAUGACUACCAAGCCAUCAGCGGUGAUGCCCCAAAUUGGCAGGCUUACCUCAUCAAACGACCCUACCUCCUUUGGCUCAGAGAUCACUCAACUCACUGGAGAGCUACUUGCCGAUACAACACAGAUGGUACCGUAUACACAGAUUACCUGAGAGCCUCGCUUGAAGACUUUGACAUCAUUAAAGACGUACACACGGUGGUAGACACCUGUCGACCUUACGAAUAUGUCAACAUCCGGGGAAAUGAGUGUGUGAAUUGCACUGCAUUCACAGCGUAUAAAAAAGGCAUUUACUCUCUGCAUGUCGACUCUUAUUUUACCCAUCGGUCCUGCGAUUUCGACGCAAGCAAGUCGGCCAUAAAUGACGAGGACAACUUUGGAAUGUACAGUUCUACAAAUCCCAAAUUCCGUUGCACCUCAAACUCGGAUGAUACGACUCAGUUCUGGAUCGGAGGCAAAUAGUACGCUGACUAAAAAACACAGUUUUAUAGAUGGUGAUAAAUCUGUUGGUAUUUGAGAAUUAA